ACUAAAGCACAUUCACAUGUACUAUUGGUAUUAAAAGGUAGUAUUUCGCAUGCAUACGGUGCCACCUUGUGGCAGUUGUAAGUAUUUGUGUAUCUACAUAAAAUUAUGGUUCGUAGUAAAUAACUGCCAUUUUUUUGACAAGUUAUGUGUAUAGGUUAUUGAGUAAAAAUCCUUAGCCUAAAAUCCGUUGUUUUUUUUCAAAAUAACCUUUGAAAAAGAACAUUUUUCAGAAUGUCUUCAGAUGGAUAUAAUUUAAAAGGAGACUAAGUCAGAAACCCUAGAUUGUCUGCUAACUAUACCACUGUCAAGAUACUGAAUCUUAGACAAACUGUAUAGCCAUUCUGGACCUCAGUUUCCAUAUCUUUAAGGUUGUUCAACUAAUCAUUAAUUAAGUCACUUUCAUCCUAAAAUUUUAUUUGAUUUUAGCUUUAGAAAAUUGUUUCUAUUUUUAGCACCCUAAUAUGAAAUAAAGGGCUGUUUAUGACACACCUUAUCUCUUUUACUAAUAUGAGUUUGUUUGGUUAUGCAUUCUGCUUGAAUUUUCUUCAGAAAAAAGUCUUAAUUUAUUCUUCUCCCUGUCCAAAUAGGCUUCCCCUAAAUAAUACACAUUAAAAAGAUUUCAUUGAAUUAUAAAGAAAAGUAAGCUAAAGUAACUGAAAACAAGUUUUGAAACAUUCUGUAAAGAUAAGUGUGCAUGUAUUUGAUAAGAUGCGGUCAAUGGCAAAUCAAGUUCCCAAAAGUUAAUGUGGAAGAAGUCCCUCCAAAGCUUUUAGAAUCUUGGGUGUUACUUUGAUAAAUAAGAACUAGUACGAGUUCAGAGUUUGGGCAGCUCUUUCUACCAUAAUGUGGAUCAAAUACUACCCUGUAUUGCAGAUGUGGCACCUCAGAUUUAUCUGAACUACCGCUUCAUUCUUCCAUUAUCAAUCAUCAACUCAGUCCUUGUUUCAAAAUGUCUUUUCCUAAAGUAUCUCUUCUUAUUCAACCUCUCUGGCAUCCAUUUAUUUCAGACACUCAACUUCCUAGCCCUGCAGGCUAAAAUAUCCAUCACAGUAUCUUGUUUUUUAGAGACUGGUCUAAGAACUUGCAUCAGAAUCACUUGGAAUGCUUGUUAAAACAUGUCAUUCUCUAUACCCCACACUGUAGACAAAUACUGUCCAAUAAAAAUAUACGAGUCACAUACAUAAUUUUAAAUGUCAUGGUAAUCACACUGAAAAUAAACUAAAAAGAAGCCAGUGAAAUCAUUUUAAUAAUACAUUUUAUUUAACUCAAUGCACGUAAAAUAUUAUUUCAAGAUGUAAUCAAUUAGAAAACAUAUUAACAUAAUACUUUAUAUCCAUUAGUUUAGAUGUCUUUGAAAUCUGGUAUUUUACACUUGCAGCAUGUUACAAUUUGGAUCAGCAUACUUCAGGUGCUUAAGUGUGGCCUGAACCAGUUCUGGGGAAGGUGGAAUAAAAGCCAGGAAUUUACAAAACACACAGGUAAUUCUUCUACAUGAUCAAGUUUGAGGCCACUAACCUAGACUGUCCUGUACACAAUCCAUUCUACAACCAUUACUGAAUUAACAGUUGAAAAAAAAAAUGCCCCUUUAAUUAUGUCAAUCCUAAGAACCUAGAAAACCCUGGUACCUCCAAUUCAAUCAACACAGAUAGGUAUUCACAGUUCUCUAAAAGUGACCUCAUUCAUCCAUCCAACCUACUCUUCAAUUAGAAAAUGUUUUGGAUUCUUACAUAAAGCUUUCCUAAGCAAAUAUUCAUUCAUUCAACAAAUAUUUGUUGAGAACCCACUAAAUGCCAUCAUGGAUCUUACAGGUGUUAAAAAAAAUAAAAUAAAAAUGGAAGUCACAGUUUAGAUAUACAUCAAGACCAACUGCCCAUAACCACAUAAACCAAAACUUAAGUCAUCCUGAUUUCCCUGAAAUGCUCUAAUCAUAAAUAUAAAACAUAAGCUUUACAUUUUUGUUAGUAUGAUUCCGUGAAAUUAAGCCAAUCAACUGUAGACAAAUCAACUUAAACAGCUGUUUGCCCCCCCCAACAAAAUCUUAAUGUAUAAGGACCAAUAAUGGAAAAGCUCAAAAUGCUUCCUCCUUUAUCCUUAUAAGCUGUGCUGUUACUGGUGAGUGCAAGCUUCUUACCACCCUUCCCACUUGAUUUGAAGUCUCCUGGAUUCUGAUCUGUACUUUUUCUAUGACAAUAAACUUUUAGAUUCAUCCUAAUUUUAUUUUUGAUACAGGAAAACAGAUCAGGUAUAACACAAACCAUUACACAAUUUUUUACAAUAAAAUAAAUGCUCUGAAAUAGCACUAUGAGAUGCUAUGAAAAUACUUCAGAGCGGUCCUUAUACAGUCUGAAGGGCCAAGGAAAAUGUCUUUAAGCAAAGUAACAUUUAAGUUAAGAAAGGGUGUGAAUAUAAUUAGGAAUCUGAGCAGAUAAAAUGAAAUUUCUAGGUAGAGAAGGAAUAUACAUUAUGGAAAGCACUAAGGUGGAAAAGAACAUGGAGGGCCAAGUUACUGAAAGAAGCAGACAGAUGAGGAAAGUAAUCUGAUAGGGGGCUUCCCAGGCAGGCAGAAACCAGAUAAGGCCAAAAUCAUGAGCUUCCAAUUUUCCUUUAAAAAAAAAGUAUAAAUAUUUAAACCAAAGUAGACUACAAACUCCUCAAAAGACACAGACCAUUCCUUCUAAACCUCAUGUCUUAUGUCUCCUCAGAGUACAGAUAUUUAGUACUUCCUCUGUACAUAGAAAAAUCGUAAUUAUGCCAGCCUUUUAAUUUCUAGAAUUUCCAGGUUAUACUAACAAUUAUGUGUAGCUUCAGGUAACUUAAAAAGCACAUUAUCAUGAAACUCAAGAAAACCUUUCCUAAAGUGCUGAGUUUUAACAUAAAAUUCCUUAGAAAGAGAGGCAGUUUUUAUGUGGAAAAACAUGGGCACCAUGGUCUACCAGCGUGAUGCCAAAAUUCUAGCUCUACCCAAGCUCCCAGUGGAAGGGGUGAAGGACAUCCAACUCCCUUGCUUCUUUACUCCUCACUUUCCCUGACAUUGUUCUUCAUAUCAAAGAUUGUGAUUUAUACACACACAGAGAUUAAAGGAUUUAAGGGAAAAAAUUUUACUGGGUCAAGUCAACCUGUUACCUAUCACACCCAUGCCUUACUCUUCCAACUGAUCGAAACAUGAUAUACAACGCUGUACAGGCAGAAUUCUAAGCUAGUUCCCCACAUUCCUGGCCCCUAGAGAGCGCAUCUACAUAAUCCCCUCCCCUGGAGUUUGGGUAGAACCUACAAAUAUGAGCAGAUAUCACUUCUGGGACUAGGUUCAUCAAAAGGGAGAUCUGACUGAGUCUGACUUAAUCAGGUGAGCCUUUAAAAGGGGCUGGGGGCUCCCGAAAGCCACGGAGAUGGGAAGCGUUAGAAGGCCUGUGAAAGGUCUAGCUGACAUACAGCUGGCCUCUGGCCAACAGCUGGCGAGACAAAAAGGGACCUCAGUCCAACAACCACAACGAAAUUCUGCCAGAGGGCUUAGAAGGACCCCAAACCUCAGAUGAGAUCCCACUUGCACACCCUUUGAUUUCAACCUUGUGUGACUGAGCAAAGCCGUCAACUAUGCCACGUCCAGACUUCUGACCUACAGGACUGAGAAAACGAAUAGGUGUUUUGAAGCCACUGAUUCGUGGUAAUUCGUUAUGCAGCAAUAGAAAACUAACAACACUCAAGUAUUUCUCAUAUAACGUCCGGCAGACAUGAAAGUUUUUCAGGCGUCAUUUUACAAAUAUCUUCCUAGCUGCUUUAAGAAUAAUUUUUUUUCAAACUUGACAUGAACAUUAAUUGUGCAAUAUCUCCUUAAUAAUUCUCACCCUUUUCAAUGAAAAGUCAUUGAGCUUGGUGAGUCAAGAUUCACUGAAAUAUUCUUCAAUGUUGAUGGGCCUCUUUGGUGAGGUGACCUUAUUCCUGUCCUGCCCCCUAAGGGUGGGCAGGGUGGACAGAACGCAGCCUGGACUUCCGGACGCAGCCCCCUACCGCCUCGGACUCGCCUACCCCUCUGGCCUCUGAGGAGGGCCCUAAGCCCAGGAAAGACGUGGAAAAAGCGCAGUAAAAAGGAUGCAGUUCUUCUCUUUAAUCCCUAACCCAAUUUCUCGGGAAAAGCCGCGUUCCCACACAGAAGGCGAACCCUGUAAAGCUGUGGCUUGGCUGCCGCGCACGCAGUCGCUUUACGAAUUCCCAAAGCAUCUAGCGGAAGUUUAGACCGUUCACUAGGGGUCACAUGGGCCACUUCGCGAGCAGCUGGCGAACAGUUCCUUUCAGUUUGAAAGUAUCUUUGAAACUCGGAAAUUGUGCUCCUUGGUCUUUCAGUUCAUAAGCCUAGAGAGUGGCUACUGAAAUUGGAAUCGUCAUCUUCUUCCCUCGGCCCCAACUAGUAGACCACGACCAGAAGACAUAUCCUAACCUACACCUACCGUAGUUGUCACACACGGCACAGCGCCACCAGGUCCACCAACUGCGCCUGCGCGAACCGGCCGCUCCCGCGACAUCACACGAAGGCUGAGAGAAAGGGCAGGUCCCCGCUGCGUGGGGCUGGGCUUAAAGGCUCGUCGCGCCUGCGCAAAGGACCUGACGACGUGCUGCGUCGUUACUUUUGAAACGCUUGGCGGGGAAGUGCUGUUGGAGCCGCUGUGGUUGCUGUCCGCGGAGUGGAAGCGCGUGCCUUUGUUUGUGUCCCUGGCCAUGGCGCUGCAGCUCUCCCGGGAGCAGGGAAUCACCCUGCGCGGGAGCGCCGAAAUCGUGGCCGAGUUCUUCUCAUUCGGCAUCAACAGCAUUUUAUAUCAGCGUGGCAUAUAUCCAUCUGAAACCUUUACUCGAGUGCAGAAAUACGGACUCACCUUGCUUGUAACUACUGAUCUUGAGCUCAUAAAAUACCUAAAUAAUGUGGUGGAACAACUGAAAGAUUGGUUAUACAAGUGUUCAGUUCAGAAACUGGUUGUAGUUAUCUCAAAUAUUGAAAGUGGUGAGGUCCUGGAAAGAUGGCAGUUUGAUAUUGAGUGUGACAAGACUGCAAAAGAUGACAGUGCACCCAGAGAAAAGUCUCAGAAAGCUAUCCAGGAUGAAAUCCGUUCAGUGAUCAGACAGAUCACAGCUACAGUGACAUUUCUGCCACUGUUGGAAGUUUCUUGUUCAUUUGAUCUGCUGAUUUAUACAGACAAAGAUUUGGUUGUACCUGAAAAAUGGGAAGAGUCGGGACCACAGUUUAUUACCAAUUCUGAGGAAGUCCGCCUUCGUUCAUUUACUACUACAAUCCACAAAGUAAAUAGCAUGGUGGCCUACAAAAUUCCUGUCAAUGACUGAGGAUGACAUGAGGAAAAUAAUGUAAUUGUAAUUUUGAAAUGUGGUUUUCCUGAAAUCAAGUCAUCUAUAGUUGAUAUGUUUUAUUUCAUUGGUUAAUUUUUACAUGGAGAAAACCAAAAUGAUACUUACUGAACUGUGUGUAAUUGUUCCUUUUAUUUUUUUGGUACCUAUUUGACUUACCAUGGAGUUAACAUCAUGAAUUUAUUGCACAUUGUUCAAAAGGAACCAGGAGGUUUUUUUGUCAACAUUGUGAUGUAUAUUCCUUUGAAGAUAGUAACUGUAGAUGGAAAAACUUGUGCUAUAAAGCUAGAUGCUUUCCUAAACCAGAUGUUUUGGUCAAGUAGCUUCACUCAGUUUAGGUAGGGAGAUAUUUAAGUAUAAAAUACAACAAAGGAAGUCUAAAUAUUCAGAAUAUUUGUUAAGGUCCUGAAAGUAACUCAUAAUCUAUAAACAAUGAAAUAUUGCUGUGUAGCUCCUUUUGACCUUCAUUUCAUGUAUAGUUUUCCCUAUUGAAUCAGUUUCCAAUUAUUUGACUUUAAUUUAUGUAACUUGAACCUAUGAAGCAAUGGAUAUUUGUACUGUUUAAUGUUCUGUGAUACAGAACUCUUAAAAAUGUUUUUUCAUGUGUUUUAUAAAAUCAAGUUUUAAGUGAAAGUGAGGAAAUAAAGUUAAGUUUGUUUUAAA